UUUACUAUACUCUGUCAACGUCCCCACCAACUUCCCUCUCUAUUGGCUCCCCUCUAUUUCCUUUCCCCGUCAACAGAUAAGCCCUCUCCUCCCAUUCUCUCUCCAAUUCCACGGCUUCUUCGCUUUCAAGUCAUGGCUUCGUCAAUCUUCAAUGCUCCCUGUACGGUUCCUGCAGUGAAAGGCAAAAACUAUUUUGGUCUGAAACCUGCUGUCAAUAAUGACUUGAGGUUCGAUGUUGGCAAGACAACCUCAAUUAUAGGAUGUCCAAAGCGUGUUUUUACUGUGAGAGCCAGUGAAAAGAAGGAUGGUCCAAUAAAGAAGUUGGGGUUAAGUGACGCGGAAUGUGAAGCUGCUGUUGUGGCAGGGAAUGUGCCCGAGGCCCCUCCUGUGCCGCCUAGGCCUGCCGCACCCGCUGGGACUCCUGUCGUCCCUUCUCUUCCACUUAGUCGUCGUCCACGUCGUAAUCGCAAGUCACCUGUCAUGAGAGCAUCAUUCCAAGAAACUAGCAUAUCGCCUGCCAAUUUUGUCUAUCCUCUUUUUAUUCAUGAAGGUGAGGAAGACACACCUAUUGGAGCAAUGCCUGGAUGUUAUAGGCUUGGAUGGAGACAUGGACUUGUGGAAGAGGUAGCUAAGGCUCGAGAUGUUGGCGUAAAUAGUAUUGUUCUCUUUCCCAAAGUUCCAGAUGCUUUGAAGUCUUCCACAGGAGAUGAAGCAUACAAUGAUAAUGGUCUAGUUCCUAGAGCAAUACAGCUGCUCAAGGACAAAUAUCCUGACCUUGUUAUCUACACUGAUGUUGCUCUGGAUCCAUAUUCCUCUGAUGGCCAUGAUGGCAUCGUCAGAGAAGAUGGAGUCAUAAUGAAUGAUGAGACAGUGUAUCAAUUAUGUAAACAAGCUGUUUCUCAGGCCCGGGCUGGAGCAGAUGUUGUUAGUCCAAGUGACAUGAUGGACGGCCGUGUAGGAGCAAUAAGGAAAGCUCUUGAUGCAGAAGGAUUUCAGCAUGUUUCAAUCAUGUCCUAUACAGCAAAAUAUGCCAGUUCAUUUUAUGGACCAUUUCGAGAGGCACUGGAGUCAAGCCCACGCUUUGGAGACAAAAAGACUUAUCAGAUGAACCCAGCAAAUUACAGAGAGGCUCUGGUUGAGGCCCAUGAAGACGAGUCUGAAGGAGCUGAUAUCCUUCUGGUGAAACCUGGUCUACCUUAUUUGGAUAUUAUAAGACUUCUCAGAGAUAAAUCUCCUCUGCCAAUUGCUGCUUAUCAGGUUUCUGGUGAAUACUCAAUGAUUAAGGCUGGUGGGGUUCUCAAAAUGAUUGAUGAAGAAAGAGUUAUGAUGGAGUCCUUGAUGUGUCUUCGACGGGCUGGGGCUGACAUUAUCCUAACGUAUUUCGCUCUACAAGCUGCAAGAUGUUUGUGUGGUGAGAAGAGGUGAGACUUAUCCUACAAAUUAGGCAUUGUUAGUUGCGGAAAACCUUUAGAGUGAACUUUCUUGUACUUUUUCUGUAAUUACGUGGCAUUAGCAUAAGGUUGGAAUCUGAAUGGAUGUGCUUAGCACACCAUCUUUUUACCCUGCUGUUGUCCUCGUCAAGAAGCUGGAACAUGUUCUGGUAUGUUUAAAUAAAAUGUAUGCCUUUCUAUGUGAAUAA